UGGGAAGUGUAUACAAAGUGGAAAAAGACUUACAUGUGUGAAGGAGAUGUGAUUUAUCUCCAAGCCUUCAGCCAGUCAAUACUUGUCCUUAACUCAAUUUCUGCUACUUGCAAUCUUUUGGAAAAGAAGAGCAACGUGUUCUCUGACAGGCUGUAUUUGCUAGUAAUCUACAAAAUGGGCUUUGAGCUGCUUCUUCCUAUCCUUUAUUAUGGUCCACACUUUCGGAAGUAUCAAUGCAUGUUUCACCAAUGCUUUGGCCCACAGGCAAUCAAAGCAUUCAAACCCAUGCAAGAUUGCAAACUCCUAAAAUUCUUGUAUAAUUUAUUGACAAAGCCAGAUAAUUUCACAAUGUAUGUACACAACUCUGUUUCAGGAACAAUACUUUCAGUAACAUAUGGGCAUGAAGUAGUAACCAAGAAUGACCCUUUUGUCAAUCUUGUUGAGAAAGCU